GAUUUGCUUUAUGACCAUCAUUUUCUCUGGGUGGUGCAUUUCUCAGCGAGAAAUUUGGUCAGCAGCAGAAGAAAUAUGCAUCCCGCCCCUCUUGCUCCUUCAGACUUUAUUUACCGUUGCAAUGGCAGCAUAUCCAGCAUCUUAUGGUCGUUGUGACUCCACUUUCCUGCCUCGCUACGAUUAGCCUGCUAUCGACUAUUGUGGCGCGUAAAAACAUGGGCAAACUCGAAAGACACCUCGAGUUGCACAGCUCCCAUUCAAACUCUACGCCAAGAGUGGUUUUCUUGUGACCAUCGCCGAGGCCCUUGCUACCCAAUAUACUACCAUCCCCGUCCCUCGUAUCCUUGAUGUCAUCAACUACGUCCCAAAGAAUGGUCUUUGUCCAGAGUAUACUUUCAUCCUCAUGACAGAGGUUCCUGGUCGGGAAUAUGGUUCCACCAGGGUAGGAGUACACGAUAUGACGGCAGACCAGCUCUCUGUUUUCAAAAACACACUCCGUGACUGGUUCGACCAACUUCGAGCCCUUCCCCCUCCAGGUGAUCAUACAAUCUCCGGGUUCAAAGGGACUGGGAUUUUUAGCUACCGAAUUCGAAAAGGCGGGACUGUCGGCCCUUUCAGGUCGCAAGACGAGUUUCACGCACAGAGCUUUUGCACUCCAUGGGAGCCUCUUGACGAUCGUGUUCGUGCAGCGUUAAUGAAGCGACAGUCAACGCGGCACAGAAUUUGCUUCACACAUGGGGAUAUCACGCCACAUAAUAUCCUCGUUGAUGAGCAGCUUCGGCCAACUGGGCUUAUCGAUUGGGAGUGCGCUGGGUGGAUGCCGGAAUACUGGGAGUAUACGAGGUCAAUAUGGAUUCGGCAGAUCUACACCGGGUGGUGCGAUCUGUUUGGGUGAAUCUUUCCGGGGUAUGAGGAUGAGCUGGAAGUUGAGGUGGCAGUAUGGAAUCACUACGUGCCCUGAAAUAACCGAUAGCAUAUAUCAUCCUGAGCCAAAAGCACCUGCUAUAAUUGACCCGGGGAGGUCUUCACGUCGCACAGAAUUGAGCGAUUGCACAGUAAGAGAGGAUCCUUGCACGCAAGAAUAUAGAAGCACGCAUGUUACUUGGUAAGAUCAUAUAUACGUUGCAGAAGCCAUCAUUAUCCAAACUUGAGGGUGACGAUUUGAUCUACCCAGCAAGAUAUAACUGACCACGAUUAAUAUGGAUAAUGUCAGAAAGAUAGAAGCGUCGAAGUCGCAACUCGACAACAUCGAACAAUAUCCGCAGGCUAGGUAGG